ACGUGACUGGUUGAUUUUUCUAUGCCAGAAAACGUAUACGCGAAUGCGUAUAAUCGGGCGUAAAAUCAAGCUACUUGAUGCGAUAUCGAAGACACACGCGCACGUAUUGUGUAUUAGUUUGACGAUACUUGUCAGAGAAUAAUGUGUUGUUAAUUGUUACAUCGUUUCAGUAAGAAGAUAUUUGUAUUUAUAUAAACAUCGAAGGGAGUCCACAUUGUGUUUCGAAAAAGUCGAUUGCAAUUUAUGGCCAAACAGGAUCCCGUGAAGUAUCCCUGAUAUUGGGGGUACGCGACGAGAAUAAUAUCAUUGUAGAAGGAAACUCACGACACAUCUGAUUGCGCUUAUGAAUAAAUGUUUGAAAGAACAGUCUUGCCGGUAAAUCCCAAAGGCACAACUUGUGACAUGUAAGAGGUUAGGUAGAAUGUCAAUCGGAGAAUAUCUCAUAGAGGUAGACAUCGAAUGCUAUAGCAAUCGUGACGAAGAUACGUAGAAAUAUGAUGAUUUUCGAUGUUCCGGUGUCGCGAGUUUACACAAAGAAUAAAUCACGAACUCGGGAAUUGAAAAUCUCGUUAAUUAAUAUAUCGAUGCAAUAAAUGUACAUUAUCGGAUGAAAUGUGCGGUGAUACGACAUAUGUACGUUUUAUUAAACUACCAAAGAUAGUGCAGUGUUAAAAUCUGUGUGCUUUUUUUGCACGAGUUUGUCAAAACGGUAUAUCGGGAUAUCGGGUAGAUUGGGAUGAGUUACACCAAUUUCGGCCGAGGAAGGGGCUUUCGGCCACGAGGUACGCGUGCGAGUACGCGAGGUACCGCAAGCUCGUUCAGUAGAGCCCGAUUCCUACCUCCACCUUUCCGACAUGUAGGCCCACCGAGACCAGGGCGUGCCGCGCUAUUCAUGCCCUGGCAACCGAACAAUAUGUUUUUUCAGCCCCACUUGUUACGUGGUAAUCCGCAGUUCAGACCAGGCGGUAGAAGAAAAAAUUUCCGCUACAACGCUCGAUUCGCUGCUCCCAAUAGACUGCCCUUGUCUGCGAAUUAUGAGGAUGUUAUUAUUCCACCGGAUUUGAAUAGCUUUCAAAUAGAGAAUAAUCUCAUUGACACUACGCCGCAGCUUCCCCUUCCUGGUUCUGAAGAGGAACGACAGCAGAAGAUAGCGGAAACAGCGGAUCGAUUGAAGCAAAAAUUGUCUAGUUUUAACAGCGAUGAAAUGAUAAAUAUCUGGAGCGAUGACAUACCGCUUUCGUCCAACGUUGCAGAAGACGACUGUACAAACGACAUAAGUGUCCCUAUACUUAGGUUUCCACAAGUUGAACUCAAUCUGACAUCCAAUGAUCUGAGGGAUAUUGGAAAAAUAAAUCCUGAUAAUUCACGACUCGAUAACAUACAAUAUAUAUCUAAUGUUACUAAUAAUACAAAUAGCGAUGUAGUAAUAUUAGAAGAAAAUGAAGGUGAAUCUCAACUAGAAGCGAUACCUAACAAUCAAAUAGCAAAUCUAUCAGUUGAGAAUGAGUAUUUAGAAAUGGACAACUGGCUUCAUGGGUCAGUCGAUAAGUUUCGCAAUUUAGAACAAUCAGAUUUACAUAAAGAUAACAAUGUUGAAAGUGAAUUAUUAGACUCCGAUCUUCAGUGUCAGCUUAAUACACCUUUGGUUAAUACUUCGCAAGAUUGCUGUGAUCAACAACAAGAUAUUUCUCAGGAAAAUGAAAUAUAUCUCACAGAUCCUGUGAUAGAACAAGAUGUAUCUAAAACACCAAGUCUACAGAAUAUACCACUCCCGACUGAUUUAACAGAUCAGGAUAUUUUACAUAAAAAUGCAUCACAAAGUGAACAAGAAUCAGUGACCAUAAAUUUAGAAGUUCAAGAGAACAUUUUAGAAACCCAGAUUUCUGCAAUAAGUUUAGAUAGUAAUAAUUGUACAUUAUCGCAACCGGCAGUAGCUGAUGCACCAAUAUUAGAUAAUGUUGCAUCGGAUAAUCAAGUGUCGAAAAUAAAGAAAAGUCCCUUUCAUAGUAGACCACCAAAACUGUCUCCGCAUACUGAGCAGGGAGAAUUACCUAUUGAUUUUGAUCCAAGUACUCCGCCACCGAUACUUGUGAAGCAGGAUCGACCACAUGUUAUGCCUCCGCCUUCUAUACCUGAUAUGCUACCAUUAUUUGAUCCUACAGAACCACCACCGAAUAUCAGACAUUUACUAACAUCAACAAUUGCCGGCUAUAGUAACAGAGAAACGCACAUAGAAUUAAAUACAAAUGGAGGAUUUGUACCUCAACAAUUACCGCUAGAAAGCCAAAGUAACGUUUUCCUGCCAUCGCAUAUCGAUACAAUCCAGUUUUCUCCAUUAUUUUCUAUGCCAUCAGGUAAUCACUCUGCCAUGAAUACGAAUGUUCCAUCACAUGCAAUAUUUCCGAUGCAUACAAUGUCUCAUAUUGCAUCUUCAUCUUCCUCGCCGGAACUCUUGACGCUCUCUGAUUGCAAUGCGAACAAGGACGACGGUUUAAAUGACAUGCAAGAAGCUUUGAAAUUUGCAAAACAAAUGACAAGUAUAACGGAAAGAAGAGAUAAAGAAUCAGAUUCUAAAUCUGUUUGCAAAAGUAGUACCACAAUUAAUACAGUUAGCAAUAUAGAGUCUAUAUCUUUGCCUCCAGGGAAACCAAAGACCAAAAUUAAUACAAGGAAGAGGACAAAACGAAAUAACACUUAUAGUAAGAAAAUAUUUCAGGAACGGAGAGUGUCGAAUCAUCUGCCAUUAGAAGAAACCGUGAUACAAGAUACAAAUACGAGAUCUACUGAUACGUCGCUGAUGAAUGAACAAGAACGUCCCAAAGUAGUAUUUAACUUAAAUAAUAAAACGAAAAUAGUAAAUACUAAGACUGGAUGGCAAGAGAGUAGUGAGAAAAAAAAUGGCAUAAUGCAAUCUGUGGAAUCGGAGAAAACGCCUCCAAUUUCUAAAAAACACUUUAAAAGUACAUUAAAACGAAAUGAAGAAGAGCGGAAGAAUUUAAAGAAGAAGGAGAAUAAUUCAGGAAAUAUAGCAUUAUCCGAGUCAAUUGUAAAUCAAAAUGCUGUAUCGUCUCACAAAAAAAUUCAAAAGAAUGCUAAUACAGAAAAAUCUCAUUCUAACGUUUCGUUGUCGUCGAAAAUCAAUACGCAAAAAUCAAUAAGUUGUAUAGAAAAGAAUGAAAACUCUAAUUCGGAAGCCUCUUGGAAAAACAAAAUCAUCAGCCGAUUUUUGAAGAUGAGUAAAAACGAUAUCUUCAACAUGGUGAAUAAUACUAGUCUCCGGAAGUUUGAUAUUAUAAUGAAGCGUCUAGUCAAAGAAAAAAAGUCUACAUUAUCCUUGGAAAUGAGACACGCUCAGAACGAAAAGAUGAAGUUGUACGAUCAGCAGACCGAUGCCACUGUAUCUAUUACAGAUCUACCCACAGAAUUCAUUCAUCACUUAAACGAAGUAUUACAACUGGAUGUGCAAGUGGACAAUCACGUUGAGUUUGCAGCAUCAGCUUCGAGUAGUCAUAACAGUCACUUGGAAGAUACAAAUCAUGUAUUCAGUCCCGUAACAUCCUUUAUUUCAGAGUGUGCAAAUAGAACAACACCAAACUAUAUAAGCCAAGAAUGCGAAAGAACUAAAAACCAUACGACGAAAAUGGGACAUGACAGAGUGCAGAUACACCAUACUAGUAGAAGUAACGAUUUUAACUUGAAAGACGAUACUGGUAGUACUAUUGUAUCUAAUAAUUCUAACAUUAGUAGUAAAUUAUCAGGAUAUUCGGCUCUACAGCAUGAUCUGGAUGAUAUAUUUUCAGAAGUGACCAAGAAAAAUCAAACUCCCGCAGCAGUGAAGCAUUGUAGCGCGGACCAACGAAGUGCAAAAACAUUUGACGACGACGCGAUUACAAGGAGCGCGGAGAACGAUGCGCUCUUGGAAGAUGACAGAACGCGUAAAUCGGAAAAUUGCACGCACUGGAUCGAAAGAUGCGAUAGAUGGAAGAGAAAGGAACAAGAAGAUCCACAUGCGUACAGGAAUCUUACCAAAGAAGAGUGGGAAGCAAAAUAUGGAACUCAAGCGAACUCGAUACCUUCGUCUUCUCUUACAAACAAAAUUAAUACUAGCGAUAAGAAUUCAUCACACAAAGGGUGUAUUAAAAAAUCUUGUGCACGACGCCGUCAUUCAUCUGAAUCUUCAAAGCAUACAACAAGCAUAAGACACAGAACAUUGGAAAAAGACAAGCAUAAAGAGUCUAGGCGACACAGCGAUGAUAGAAGACAUAGUGCAGAAUAUUCGGAGUACAAUAACGAUCGCAACAAUGAUAAUAGUAACAGCAGCAACAAUAGCAGUAGCAAUACCAGCAACAGUACCAGUACCAGCAGCAGCAGCAGCAAUGAUAGUAAUAGCAACGCGGAACCAAAUGUUACAAAGCUAUUGAGGGCGAUAAAAGAGAAAGAGAAGGUUGCCAAGAAAAUGUCAUUGAACGAAACAAUAAGAGACGAGGUGAACGCCGAGAUAGAGCGGGAACGCAAACAGAAGUCGAAGAAAUCGCGAAAAUAUAAAAAAUUGCGAAAACAUUGCAAGAAAAGAUUGCGUCAUAAGAAGAAGAAACAACAGCAAAGUAAGAAAACGACGAAUCCCUCCGAUUCCUCCUUGGAUGAUAACGAGGACAAUAACGAGGAAGUUCUCAAAUUGCUGACAGAAAAUGAAAUUAAAAAAGAAAUCGUAGAAAAUCAAAUUACGCAAGAAGUGAUCGUUAAAGAAGAAUUGGACAUCAAUCAAGAAGAGAAUACCAGAGAUGCUGAAUUUGUGAAUACUUCAAGUCACGUGAUCAUGGAAAAUAAAGCUGCGUAUUCGCUCCCGGAAUCUAACGGUAAAUUUGAAUCUGCUCUUUUAACAACACAAGAGACUUCAUUGACAACUGUCAAUCAAUCGCACGUUGAAGAUAGACCACCGACAGCCUCUCCGACACAACCGAAAACUAAAGCACAACUGAAACAAAUGCCAGAAACAGCUAAUACGAAUGAUAACAAAAUUUUUCUCAAGGUAUUUACGAGCCUACCAGAGGAUUGGGAUACGAUUAAUCAGACGGAAUGCUCGGAGAGUUUGAAUAAAUCUGAUCAAAUAACCGACAUUAACUGCAAUCGGGAUGAAACCGAAGUUUUACCGACGAUUGAUAAUUUCGCGAGCAAUAUAAAAAAUUGCGACCAUUUAUUACGCGACAGUUCUAACGAAAAUGCGAUAUCCCGAUUACCGGAUGGAACGGUAUGCAUUCCUAGCGAUUCGUUUAUCAGCGCUAUUAAAAGAAAAGACGAUAUCACAGCUUCCACUAACAUGUCAGACAAAGCGGCGACCAUUGCUGUAUCAACAUCGACCUUUGAAUCAGGAGCACCGAUUAAGAGUACUACAAGUCGAAAAUCUCGAGGAGCCUGCAAGAAGAUCGACAUAAAGACCUACUAUGAGCGCACGAUACAACGUCGUAUGAGUGAGCAAGGAGAAUCGAAAAGAUUCGCAGAAAAUCCCGCAACGUCAACUCAAAGUUUAUCUUUCACGCCUAAGAUCGUCGAACCAGAAAUUCCAAUCAACAAAUAUACAUCCGUAGCGUACGAUGGUUCUAUUAAAGAUCCACGAUUACUUUCGGCGGCCGUUAUUUCCUCGAUGAAUAAUAAAGAUAACGAUAUCGCACAGACGACAUUGAAAAACAAUAUUCGGCAAGAAGAGAAGCAACCGAUAUCUAAGAUUGCGAUGAUAACACCGAAGAUAACACCGAAACCUAUAGAAGAAGAUUCUAAUCGUGUUAUCGAUACCGGCAGCGCUGUUGAGAAAAUUAAUCAGGAUACAUCGAAAAAUAAAUAUCCUCUUACUGCUAACACAAGUGUCAAUGUAUUACCCAACGUUGUAACAACGACUAAAACUAUAUCCUCGAAAUCUAAGACAGCAAAUGUAACGAAUAAAAAAUUGCGAAACGAAGUUCCGUCCGAUUCUAAAAGAUUUAAGAAUAUUCGAUCAGAAGGAAGCAAAGAGUUGAAACUGAAAAAGGAAAUGAUGAAGGCACAAAAAACGAAAAAGAAAUCUGAGAUAAAAUCCAUUAGUCUCGUUGCGACAAAAGUAUAUUAUCCUUCGGUGAAGACAACAAGGACAGAGGAUGCGAAAAAGGUGAUUCAAGAAAAGGAAACUGAUAAUGCAAGUGAUAUAAAUAAAAUAAAAAUUGAACAGACCACGAGUUCUUACGAAAGUAAGGUAAACAAUAAUUAUGCUGAGAUGAAAGCAUCAACAAUUUUUUCGGGAAAUACCGACAAUAAUAACGAAUUAUCGCAAAGCGUUAAUGAGACAAAAGGAAGUUUUUCAAGCUUAGAAUUUAUCAGAGGAAAAGAUACUAAAGAAGAUGUAGGCAAUAUUGAAAGCACUGAUUCAUCGGAGGCAAUGCAAAAUGAAGAAGCUCAUAAUGUAAAAAGCGCAAAUAAUACAGCGAAUAUCGAGGUCGCGAAUAAAGAAGAACAGAAUGCGGGAGAAAAUUAUAAUGUUGUUUCCAAACUCGAUGUAUCGGCAGUCUCUAUCAAAAUCUCGAACGAUAUUGUAAAAGUAAUUAAAGAGGAUUUCUCUACGUCGAGUAAACAAUUUAACGCAACGAAAGAUACGGAGCUCCCGUUAAAAAAUUGCGCGAAUCAAAUUCAAGUUGAAAAGUCAAGUAAUCGAGAUCUAUCGGAGAGCACGAAUAAUCCGGUCUUCGCGGAUAUGAUCGAAGAACGCGAUAUGAGCAAUAUUCCUGAAUCGAAUACGGUAUCUCGAUCGGAUAUUAUCGACAAUACUAGAGAGGAUCAGCCGUUGAUAAAUACGGAUAUGAAAACCGCCGAAUUGUCAUCGGCUUCGAACGAAAAUUUCACACAACAGCAAGAUACGAAGAACGGCGUCAUCUCUCCUGAAAGCGAGGGUAGUCCAUUCAAAGGCUUCCUUCAAGAAACUGUGAUAGAUUUUGAACAGCCUAAUUCGUUCAAUAUCGAAUUACACGGAAUCGACGCCACUAAGAAGGACAAGUUAUUCUUAAAUGAUUGUAAUAUAAAUUGUACGACACAUAUUAACAAUCAUGAAAAGGAAACAAAGAUCGCAAAGCAAGAGAAUUACGAUACGUUAGAGUGUGCUAAUGAUAUGAGUAUUAAUGAGAACUUUGACGUCACUUUUAGAGAUAGCAUGCUUGCUUCGAAUAAGGAAUGUGCGACGAGCGACAAGAGCGACAAAUCCGAUUCGAUGGCGGAUGAAAGUAAACAAGGACAAAUCGUGGAGAAAUCUACGUGCGACAUAGUUGCCGCUACGUUACACGAGGACGACGAUAUCGAUACCGGCGAAAGUGGUGACGCGGAAAAACGAUUAAUAGGCAAAGAGAAAUACGCAUCGGAAUUAACGAUCAAGGAGUCCAUGUUUAUCGAAGAGGAGAUGAUUCAGGAUGAAACCGGAUAUAAGGAUCUUACGAGUAAACUCACGACUACGAUCGAUCCUAGUUUGUCUGACGCCUUGGACGAUGCGGCGAAUUCGGACGACGUGCUGAGAUUAACGGAAAAUCAGACCGCGGAACAUCUCGACAACCAUAAUAUAUAUUUAGAAACAAAUAUAUCUACGGAGAAAAUCUCUUGCGACAAGCUGCCGAGUUUCGAUUCCGAUGAACAUCUGGACAACGACAUGUUUUAUUUGGACGAUCGUUUGCAGAGCGCUGCCGCGUUCGAUAACAAGGACGAGGCGCCCUUCUCCGUUCAUCGAGAACCAAGUCCUCGAUACGACAUUAUUCCGCCAGCCGUCAUUCCAGAAACGACAAUAAUCGCAUCCUGUGCGGAUUUAUCACACGACGAGAUACAGGAGGAACAAUAUAAAUUUGACUUGAAGCACAUUUCGUCGACAGACAAUUCUAAUUUACUUCCGGAAGUACCGUCAGCGGAACGUUCACCGAUCAUGACUGAUACAUCGUCAAGGACAUUGAAUGUCCCGACCAAAGCCGCCUUGAAGGAGGCUGCAACGAGUCUCUUUUCGAAAUCUCCCGAUAGUUUAUCGACCAAUGAGGCAGCGGAGGGUAUAUUGGAAAAGACACAACAAAGUGAAACAGACAGUUUGAGUUACCGAACACCAGCCUGGAAUGUGGAUAUACACAACGGUACAAAAACGCAUUCUUCAGAUACCCACACUAAAAACUGUAUAAACGUAAACACAAUAUCGUCGACGCAAAACAACACGAACGACGAACGCAUUCAUAAGGAUAUCGAUGUCGGCCAGAGUAAGACCUCAAGAAUAUCUUCUAUUAAUAUAGAGAAGUGCCUACAUAGCAGUGAUAUAAAAAUUAACCCGGUUGUGCAGCUAAGAAAGAUGAAAGAACUCGACAGAAUGAUGAGUGAGAAGAAGACGCAAGAGAAAACGAGAGACGGUGUAUAUAAAGAUCGAAGGAAGCGUAAAGGUACAAUCUUACAUAAAUUGAAAGAUAAAUGGCAGAUGAAGUAUCGAUCCGGGAGGAUCGAUUUGAAUAGAAACAGCUUGAAGAAGAAACUCAAGAAUACGAAACAAUUUACCGGCACAAGAGAAGCGAUUUUGACUAGAAUGCUGGAAAUUGAUAUCGAGAUGCAUAAGCUAAUGACGGAAAAAUUAAAAUUGCACGAGAUGUUGCAGAAUAAUACCUCGUCGACCGAAAGUGCCGUGGCGAAUAGCGACGCAACGAGGGAAAACGACACGAUUUCUGACCAGGUUGGAAUAGUCUCGACAUUAACGUCGCAAUUACCGCAAAACGCCAAAACGCACCGUGACAAACGAAAGAAACACUCGUCAUCGUCGAAAGAAUCUCCGAUUAAACGGAGAAAAAGCGCGUCUCGCAGUUCGGAGGACGAUGAGAUUACACGUUACACGCAGAAGACGAAAAUGCCUGUAAUUAGAUGGAAGAAAACGCCGCGAUUAGAACAGAUAGUUAACAGACGGGAAGAGGAUCUCGAAGAGGAGAAAGAUCUUGAUGAGAUGACGGAACAGCAGACUUUGACGACUUUUGCGUGUAAACAGACGGACAUCUCUCCGGCCUUGGACGUAUCUGAAAAUGAUGCGCAACAGAAAUCUGAAUCGAACGCAUCUGACAACGCUAUGAUACAGAAACCUGAAUCGAAUGCAUCUGACGAUGCUAUGAUACAGAAACCUGAAUCGAAUGCAUCUGACGAUGCUACGUUACAGAGACCUGAAUCGAACGCAUCCGCUACAACGCAUUCUGAAGACGCUGCGAUACAGAAGCUUCAAUCGAACGAUACGACGGAUCAUGAUGCACGAGUGCAGGAGACCGCUAUGGAGAUUGACCGAAAGGCUGAUUGUGACGUUGUCGAUGAAUCUUUGAAGCCUACAAUCUGUUUAGAUAAAAGUGCGGAUAAUUGUACAGAGGAUUCUAUUGAACGAGAGCACGCGAAACGUUUCGAUAUUGAUAAGAAAAGCAAUAUUUCAGCACCGAGCAAGGUAACGAGAACGAAUACUCAGGCGGCAAGCGCACCAGAGUCCAUAUAUUCUGAUGACAGCACAUGGGACUUUUUCGUGCAGAACACCGUGUCGGAGGUGCACGAGAACAGGAAUGUGACGGGUCUCGUCCUGCUGGAUGAGAAACUUAAGAAAGAAGAAGCCAGGACGCGAAAGAUGAAGGCGAUUGUGCGCAGGAAGAAGAAGCAGCAGCUGAACGACUAUUUGAAAAAAGUCAAUAAAUUGACGAAAAAGGAGGAGGAGCUGCCCCUGUCCAAGUUGUACAUCAGAAAGCUGCAACAGAAGCGGGAUUUGCUCGACUCGCUCAGCCAAAGAAAGGAAGACGCGAACCUGAUCGUCGAUCCGAAGAUCUUGAAGAACGUGGACGAGGUGAUAAACGCGGUGGCGGAGAACAGAGUGGAGGAUCUUUACGAGCCUCAGGCGCGAAGCGUUUCUAAUGACAUUCCGACAACGUCCAAUCUCUCGUCGCAACUUGAGGAACAUCAGUUUUACGUCGAUGCCGAAGCGAACGCCAAUUCGGAUUGGCCCUGCCGAGAGAAGGAAAAUAUAGAGGAGACCGCGGGACAACAGCAAGACAGUAACGAUUUACCAGCUGGGGACGAAUCAAAUCAUGUCUUUAAAGUCGUGAACCAGAUCAAAAUUCCUUUCAACGACGAACAUAACGUGGAACCUGACAGCAGUGUUACUCCCGAAGAAACUCUAAUCGAGAGCCAUUCUUUAGAUUGUGAGCGUGUCCCGCCAAAGGAUUUUAAUAACAUUGCAUCGCGCAAUUUCGAUAUUAAGGUAUCUGUGCCUAAGAUUUUGAUAAAAGAUGAUUUUAGCCUUGGAUUGUUGCAGAAAUUUAAAGAUACGGAGGGCGGCAGCGUCGUCGGCAACGCACUAGUCGAUUCUACGACGAACGUUUUUACAACUAACGUUAAUAAAUCGAUGAAGGAGAAUGAUAAAGAUACUUUAUCGAUUGCCAAAUCCAUCCAAGUCGUGGAAGAAGAUAAAAGAGAAGAGGAAAGCAAAAUGAAUCUGAUCGAGAAGAAGGAUAAACAUGCGGUAGAUGUGAGUGGCGAUAAGCAGAAUAACGCGUACGAAUUGCAAAAAGACGAGACAAUCAAUAGCGUAAGAGAUGCACAAAACGCACUGCAAUCAAAUACUCCAAAGCCCGAAUACUCUGAUAUUACCGAAAACGAAGAUACAGACGAUAGCGUUGCAUCUAACAACAAAAUAGCAAUGAUAAAUGUAACACGUGACUCGAGUGUCUCGGAUUCUAUCGUAGAAAAAGUUAAUGUGAGGCAUAAAAAAUCAGAUACUGAAUCCGAGCAGCUUUCAUGCGACGCGAUUGCAGUGAAACAAGACUAUCGAGAUGCGAAAAGUGCGAAUGCUAAAGAAAAAGCAAGGAAUGAUAAUCCUAAAAACGAAUCACGUGUAUUCGAGGCGAUUCUGGACCAUACUACCGGCAGUUUCGUCUCAAUUGAUCGAGCGAGCGAAAAGUCAGAAGAAUCCAACGACAUGUCCAUUGAUCGAAGAUCUAGUUUGGAACGCACGACUAUUUCCGUCUUUUCGUUCGAUAAGACAAGUACGAAAAGUAUGGAAACGAGUAAAGCACGGUCUCGUCGAAAAUCCGGCAUUUCAGCGCCGAUACGUAGAAGCACCAGGUAUACCAAUGAAAAUGUAAAAUCUAAUAAGACAAACGAAAUUGAUUCUAACUCGAAUAGUAGCGAACAAGAACCAAGCGUUCACGAAAGAGAUCUAAUAACGCAACGCAGAAGCAGAUCCCCUACAAUACGCGAUGAAAAAAUUCCACACAACGUUAAAAGGAAUCGUGCUGCUCAAAAAACGCAAAACACAGCUAGUCGGAAAGUGUUGGUUACUGAUUGUGGAACUAAGAUUGAAAAUCCGGUGAAAUCGCGUCUUUCUGUGGAAUCCGCAGCAUCGAAGAACAAGACUGCAAUAAUCGCGAAAAAGAGAAAACACACGGAAUGGCAAAUGAUGAACUGUAAAGUGAGGCUGAUCGACUGUAAACAUACUCUGCUUAAGCGAAAUGUCAAUCCGGAGAUUUUAGAAAGGCUUGGAAUAAUCGCUAUUAAUCCUUAUGUAUCGAGUGAUAUAUCCUGUAUGCCACGUGCCAUAUACGAUCAUACGGAUAUGUCAGUAAUCCCUACUGCAAUUUCGGAGCAAAGUUCUUGCUUUCUUUUAGAAAAAUCCUGUGAUAAAAAAAAUACCGAGAUUGAAAUCUUGGAAGAGAAAUCAAUUAAAAAGAUUGAUGAUGAUCCCAUUCAAGGAACCGCUUCGAUGGAAAUUGAUGAGCAAAAGGAAGCAUUGAAAACGCAGUAUACAGUCCACAAAGGUCCUAUUUUAGAUAUCAAGAUUUUUGAAAACUCUUUCCUAGCAGCAAGUGAAGACGGCAAGAUAUACAGAUAUAGCCAAACAUCUAACGAAAUAUUGAAUAUCUACAAAGGUCACAAAUCUGCAGUUACUUGUCUACAUAUCUACAGAUCAGAGGUCGCAGGCAUUAACAAGGAAUUUAUGUAUUCCGGUUCCUUAGACGGCACCUUGCGUUGUUACAAUAUAAUGACGGGUGCAUUGGUAAAGAAUCCGGUGCAGAUAAACAGCCCGAUUCAGUGCAUGGAUCAAGCAUGGGGAAUGAUUUUUAUCGGAACUAAAUCUGGGCAUGUUUCGCGUUUUCAUAUCAAGGUUAGCAGCAUUAAAGGAAGUAGUAUAGAGUUUUCAGACAAGUCUGUUCUUGCGCUUAAAGCGACAAAUGAAGGUCCGCGAAGAAUUCUCAUCGUAGCCUCUCGAAAUCAGCCGAUAACUAUACGAGACGCACAAACCGGCUUGUUUCUUCGUACGAUUAGCGGCCAGAGGAAUCACACGGUUUACAGCCUAAUGCGUCAUAAUAAUCUCAUCUAUUGCGGUACGAGUAGUACGUCUAUCAACGUUUUUGAUUUUACGACGGGUGAACAAACAAUUCAAUAUGAUGCUGGAGUCGGUAUCGUAUGUAUGCGGCUUUCCGGGCAAUUAUUGUUCGCAGGCUGUUACGACGGCAAUAUCUAUGUUUUUGAUACAAGGAACCACAAAUUAAUAUGUAGUAUACCUGGCCCAGGGAAUAUGCUAUUGAGUAUAGAAGUUGUACAUAAUAAGAUUAUAGCGGGAAGCAAAGACAAGCGUUUGCAUUUGUGGCAAAUGCCGACUCAAGUGCGUGCCUUACUGUAAAAGAUAUCAUACAUAGCACGCCUAGGAAUUCUCUAUUUUGAAAAUAAUUAUGUUGAAAACUGGCCAAUCAGUUAAUUGUCCACAGCGAUCGAAUAAUACGAGAUGAAACAGGAAACUCACUUGGCACCGAAGAUAUAACGAUAUAACAAAUGUGUGUAUGUGUGUAUUUUAACUUUUUCACUAUAAAUAGCAUUAUGCCUUUAUUAUAUUUCCCGAAAUGCUUUUAUUUAUAUCUUUUAUAUUCAGUGAAGUUGCACAUAUUAGAUUUAGAAUAUAAAAUGAUAAAUAAAAUGAUUUUAUUUAUAAUUUUUAUAAUACAAAGAUUAUAACAGAAAAUGUAAAAACUAUUUAUGGUGGGAAAGUACUGGCUGUUACGAAAUCGUUUGUUAUAUAUACUAAUUAUAAGCGCUGUAUGAAAGACUACAAUAUGUGCAACUUGUGUAAAAUGUAUAUUUGUAAAGAAUUUAGACUGAACUGAUGCAAGAAUGAAAAUUAUACUAUACAUGCCUUGCGCAAAAGCAUUAGGCAAAACUUUCAUCUUUAUUUGUACUCAUUUGAAAACAUUGUGACAUUUAAGAUUGUGUGUACAAUGAAAUUUUUUGUCUAUGAACGUAAAUAUUUUACUAAGCUGUUUAAAAAUGCGUGUGGAAAAUGGACACACAUAAUUGAAAAUACACGCACUCAAUAUGUGUGAUUUAUAUAAACUAUUCUACUCUCGUUCAUUGUUGUGUUUCAUAAAGAUUCGUUAUUCUGUGUGUGUUAGCCAUUCCUAGAAAGCUGUUUUUUAAAAAAAUCUCUAAUGUUUAUAUUGGCAACGAUGUCGCGCUUUCUUCGAUAUUUAGUUUGUUACGCAUAUUUUCAAGAUGUAGGAAAAAUAAAUCACCACUCUGUAACUUUUAUUUCAUCUUUUGACAUUAGUAAGCAUGUUUAUGUAUUUAAGAAAUCGUAUCAAAAUGUGCGAUAAGCCAUAAUCAAUGUGAAAUUAAUCAAAGAAGAUAAUGUAUAUGUUUUUGUGCAUACAUGCUUAUGUUAUAUAACAUAGGGAAACAAGCAAGAAAACUUGUUCUUACAUUUAAUAGAUUUUAAACUUAAGCUUUGAGGCAAAUUUCUUAUUAUUAACAAAACAAAUUAUUGUCUUUAUGAUUAUAUUAUGAUAAUGAAUACAUUGUAUUAAAAUUUAUUAUAUAUAUGCAACAUUUACCUUGUGUAUAGAUAUAUAACAAUUAUAUCGUGCAUCUUUUACUUGUUUGUGAAAAUUGA